AUGGACCCUCUGAUAGGAAUAGCAGAUGCAGAUGCCCCGAUCCAGGAUCCGCGGGAAUACUAUCUGAGAGUGUUUGGUGCCAGGCUUGCCCAGGUUACGGGUGAGUGGAAACUAGCAGUGGAGAAGACGGAAAAUAGUGUCGAUAAGCACAACCAGGUACUGUAUGUUUCCACUGCCUCGUUGUCACUAGCUUUCACGGGGGACUCGGCAAUCCAGUGGUGGCGCAAAGACUUCUUGUGGCGCCAGCUUUUCAAAGUCCCAGACGAGAGCCGCCGUUGCUACCCCGUUUCCGAAAGCACCUUUGGCGAAUCCAGCCGCGAAGCAAAGGAAGACUUCCAGACACCCAAGCGAUCAGUCGCUGAUCCCCUUUCCGAGGUGGAGAGGGUCCUGGCUGAUGAUGUCCACUCUCGCGUCUUCUCUGGGCUGCCACUGUGUUGGCCGCUGUUUAUAGCCAUGGAAGGCGAACUUCACGAGCUGCAGAGACUUCAGAAGGCUCUUGAGAGAGUGGAAAAAGGCCUCAAAACAACCGCGGAGACGCUCAACAGCAAACUCGCGCUUGAGCCCACGCAACACUCGCUCAUGACAGCAACAAGCUCACACGCCAUGCAAAUCGGACAUGACAGCAAAAUUCUCUCACUCAUGAUGAUGCUAUAUAUAUCACACUUUGCGUUAGCUGCAAAUUUCUUCUCGAUGGAUGGCAAGGUCAUGCCAUUUCGGCCGCCGAAUCCCAGGUCAUUUCUCGGUGUUCUCCUCUUUUUCGCCGCCAUGGGCGCCCUUCCUCUCUUGGUCACCUGGUUCUCAAACCGGGUGCUGAAGUGGCGUGGGAGGAUUCAUUCAAUAGCACCUCUGGAUGAACUACAUCUCGACUUGGGACAACGCCGCCCUCCGACCACAGACGAAGAGAACAGGCCAGGCUAGAGCCAUACCGCUUUGUGCGACAUGUUGUUACCCUCUUCGACGGAUCUCAAUCACAAUAUUAGCAAGGACUCAGGCCACACGAUUGCCCUUGCCGAGUUGAGAGGGUGUUGGACGCCAGAGAUUUGGUCUACGUUCAAGAAACAUCUCAGAGGCAAUACGAGUCAUGUUUACUGAAGUAAUUGCCAAAUGUUAGCUCCAAGCUUGAAAAGCGAGCAACUCGCUCCGUGGUGCUGCCACAUUGACUUCAAAUUGGGAUAUCCAAGAAAGGGCUGCUUACGUUUAACCACUCCAACACUGAUGUUACACAUGCUACCAGGAUCGACGAAUGGAUAUCUUAAUGCAAACAACGUCGUACGCGAAGCCAGCGAAGCGGCCUAGGCUUUUGGGAUUUGAGCUUCAGACGGAAUACGAUUGGCG